AUGACAACACGCACGAGAAACGAAUUCCUCGACCUCGCCCCAAGCGACGACGAAGACAACGACCGCGGCUACGACUCGGAGGCCGCCGAAGAGAGCAAAGCACGAAUCUCUAAGCGCAGACGAACGCAAACCCAAACCGACGAAUCUGACCAAAGUGACUACGACUCUGAUGAAGAUCUAAAAUUAAGCAAGAGCAAAGGCAAGGCCAAGAAGCCCCGGCAAUUCGAAGAUGACGACAAGAGCGAUGAGGAAGACGACGAUGACGAGCAAGAAGAGACCUCCGGCGCCCAAUACUUAGACGUCACAGAACAGGAAACGAAAUCGGGCAAGCGGAAACAGUUAGAUAAGGGAAAGCCGCUGAAGAAGAACAAGACCGGGGUUGUCUAUCUCUCGUCACUACCACCUUAUUUGAAACCGUUUGCGUUGAAGAGUAUGCUGGAGGCAAGGUCGUUCGGGCCGAUUACGAAAGUGUUCUUGUCGCCUGCUGUGAGGUCGGCUUCUGCGCCGCGCAGGAGGUCGAAUAAGCGAAAGACAUAUACGGAUGGGUGGGUCGAGUUUGCGUCGAAGAAGACGGCUAAGCUUUGUGCGGAGACGUUGAAUGCGUCGAUUGUUGGGGGGAGGAAGGGGGGCUGGUACCAUGAUGAUGUGUGGAACAUGAAGUAUUUGAAGGGCUUCAAAUGGGGGGAUCUGAUGGAACAGGUGCAGAGGGAGAGACAGGAGAGGGAGGCUAAGCAGCGCAUUGAGGACUCUCGGGCCAGGAAAGAGGACAAGGUCUUCCUUCAGGGUGUUGAGACGGGUAAGGUGCUUGAUGGGAUGCAGAGAAAAAACGAAGAGAAGAAGAAAAGGAAGAUGGAGGCUGGUGAUGCGGGAGGCCAGCAGAUGGGCGAGCUCAAAGUUAGGAGAACAUUCAAGCAGAAUGAGGUUAAGAGGGGCCGUCAUACGAUCCAGGAUGGUGAAGCUGCUUUGGAGGAUGAUACAAAGAGAGUGCUGGGGAAGAUUUUCUAG